AAAGCGUUUUUUUUUUUCAGAUACAAAUAUGAUACAAAAAAAACUAAGCAAUCACCGCGUCUCAUUCGUUUAAUUUUGUAGACGCUGCUUAAGAUAAAGCAGUUACACGUUCGAUUGACUUUCAUGUGCAGAUUUGUAUCCUGAAGAAAUGCAGACAGAUUCUGUUGUCCAUUUGCAAACUCAUAAUGUUUUUAAUGAUCCUAGGUUGAUCGUUACGAAUAGUGUGCACCUUUAUUAAAGUUGAAUUCUGGCUCAAUGAAGUACUGCUUUUGUGAAACAGAGGCUAUCCAUCUUUAGCUUGCUGCUUUUAAAUUGAUAAGGAAUUGCAUGGGUUUAACGGAUUGUUGUACCCUUCCUAUACAUAUAUAAACGCAAAGUAAGGUACGCUUUUAAGUAUCAUUGUAGGAAGGUGCACUUUUUAUUUAAAAAAAACAAUGUAAAAUCGCAAUGUCUCGCAUACCGCAGUCGUCUUUGCUUUAAUUUUUAAGUUCAAGGAGCAUUGCAUGGUUCUGCAACUGACGCCAUUACAGCUCUGGCGCUGGAGUGUCACGAAGUCUUGCUAAGGCGCCGUGUGAGCCACAAUGGCGAAACAACGGUCGCAGUUUCCUAGCCGGCACCAGCUUCUGUGAACCGGUGUUAACAGCCCCAGCGCCUCCCAUACUCCCCGCCCGCGCGACGCGACUCGACUCGAGUCUCUCUUCCAGCCCUCCUCGCGCGCCGCCCGCAGCCGGUUGGUGUUGCGUAGCUGCGCGUCGGAGGAAAGGCAAAGUCAAGGCUGCAGUGACGACAGCAGUAAUUAUUAAAAAAAAAGACCAAAAAUCACACAAGUGCAUUUACAUCCUUCCACAAUUACAAGAACGUAUGCGCUUUUGCGGUAGUAGAGCCGGACCGCCUCUCCUGCCCGCAGAGAAGAGGUGUCAGUUCCGAAGGCAGUAAUCUGAGCCUCAGCAGAGACAGACCUGGCGCUACUCUUCACUGUAGUACAGUAGUAAGAUCCAACUAGCGUACAAUGUCGGACUCCGCGGGCGACGGGAAGUUGGAGAUGAAGCAGGCCAGCAAAGAAGUGAAAGAGAGCGAGAAUGUGGCGGAGAAAUACUCGGCGAUGACCGUGGGCAAGACCAGCGACAUGGGCGACCUGUCCUCCGCCUUCAGCGCCGUCACCUCGCACAAACCUGUCAAAAAGCAAAUCCAGUUUGCCGAGGAGAAGCAGGAGUUCAGCCGGUUUCCCACCAAGGCCGGCCGGCGAUCCCUGUCCCGAUCCAUCUCGCAGUCGUCCACCGACAGCUACAGCUCAGAUAGCUCCGAUGAUGAGACCUCCCCCAGAGACAAAGUGCAGACCAACUCCAAAGGCAGCAGUGACUUCUGUGUGAAGAACAUCAAGCAGUCCGAGUUUGGCCGCCGGGAGAUCGAGAUCGCAGAGCAAGACAUGUCGGCCCUUGUCUCCCUGAGGAAGAGAGCCCAGGGCGAGAAACCACUGGCUGGGGCCAAGAUUGUGGGCUGCACUCACAUCACCGCCCAGACAGCGGUCCUGAUAGAAACGCUGGUGGCCCUGGGAGCUCAGUGUCGCUGGACUGCCUGUAAUAUCUACUCCACGCAGAAUGAGGUGGCAGCAGCACUUUCAGAGGCUGGGGUCUCUGUGUUUGCCUGGAAGGGGGAAUCAGAAGAUGACUUCUGGUGGUGCAUAGACCGCUGUGUGAACAUGGAGGGAUGGCAGGCCAACAUGAUCCUAGACGACGGCGGGGACCUGACUCACUGGGUAUACAAGAAAUAUCCCAACGUCUUCAAGAAGAUCCGGGGGAUUGUGGAGGAGAGCGUCACUGGGGUGCACAGGCUGUAUCAGCUGUCCAAGGCUGGCAAGCUGUGUGUCCCGGCCAUGAAUGUGAAUGAUUCCGUUACCAAGCAGAAGUUUGACAACCUCUACUGCUGCAGGGAGUCCAUUCUGGAUGGCUUGAAGAGGACCACAGAUGUGAUGUUUGGGGGAAAGCAAGUUGUUGUCUGUGGAUAUGGAGAGGUUGGGAAGGGCUGCUGUGCCGCUCUGAAGGCUCUGGGGGCCAUCGUCUACAUCACGGAGAUCGAUCCCAUCUGUGCCCUGCAGGCCUGUAUGGACGGGUUCAGAGUGGUCAAACUGAAUGAAGUCAUCCGCCAGGUGGAUGUGGUCAUCACCUGUACAGGGAAUAAAAACGUUGUUACCAGGGAUCAGCUGGACCGCAUGAAGAAUGGAUGUAUUGUGUGCAACAUGGGGCACUCCAACACCGAGAUUGAUGUGGCCAGCCUCCGGACCCCAGAGCUGACCUGGGAGAGGGUGCGCUCACAGGUGGAUCACGUCAUCUGGCCCGAUGGCAAAAGAGUGGUGCUGCUAGCUGAGGGCCGUCUCUUAAACCUUAGCUGCUCCACAGUUCCAACAUUUGUUCUGUCCAUCACAGCCACUACUCAGGCCCUGGCUCUGAUUGAGCUGUACAACGCUCCGGAGGGCCGCUACAAGCAGGACGUCUAUCUGCUGCCUAAAAAGAUGGAUGAAUAUGUUGCCAGCUUGCACCUGCCCACCUUCGACGCCCACCUGACGGAGCUCAGCGAUGAGCAGGCCAAGUACCUGGGGCUGAAUAAGAAUGGGCCCUUCAAGCCCAACUACUACAGAUAUUAGCUUCCAAGGCUCAGACCUGAGAGGAGGAUUCGCAGUGCCUGCGACACUCCUGGAUGUGCUGUGAGCCCAGAAAACCUGACAGACGUUUUUAUUAUUUUCUACUUCGUUUCCGAAAGCAUUUUUAUUUUCCCCUGAGCUGGACGUGGUGGUGUUUCGGUUGUUGUGUUCUGUGAUUGGAGUUAAAAAACCACACAGCUGCCUUCGGUCCCCUCACGAGGAGCGCUCAUCUCGCACGACCACGCAGACCGACCUGCUGCGCUCGGGAGAAAAACACGCGGUUGUACAUUGUGUUCUUUCGGCAUGUUUCUUUUAACAGCUUUCAGUACUUUUAGAACUUCUCAUUUUAAUUUUCUGACAAUCUGAGAUAUAGUUUCUGUACUAAGUAACCUGAAACAGUGCCAAAUGGUAGCUCGAGGUGCGUAUCAAGAACGUUUUUGAUCGCUUUUUUGUGUCUGUGCACUUUGGGCUCAAACGCACAUUCCGCAGGGAGGGGACUCAUGGGUGCAGGGAUCUGGGAACAGGCUGCUCCCGCUGUGCCAUUAUUGGUAGGUUUCGUUUUUUGGGGGGGGGGGGAUUUUUUAGAUUUUCCGACAUUGACAACAAAUGAGUUCAGCUUUCACAAACACAGGGGGCGAAACCCAGUUAGUGCUGUAUACCUGGCUUCCGAUAGAUGAGUGAGCUGCAGGAUGAAUGCUUAGCAGGUGUUUCGGGGCAGGAGAAAAUAAUUCAGAGAUCACUCUCACACAUCCUUAAUUAAUUGCAUUUAUGUAGCACCUUUCCCAAAGUGUUUCACAUAAAAAGGGGGACCUACCUCGCCCCUAAUUGAAAUGCAGUUCGUCCUGGGUGACUCACUGCAGCCAUUCUGCACCAGCAGCCCCACUGCACAGCAGAUCAGGGGGAGAGCUGAACAAUUACACCACAGACUGAGCAAACCCAGAUUCCAGGGUGGAAUUCAGCCAGGGCACAGGGGCUUACACCCCUUCGCCUUUAAAUUCAUUUAACUGCACUUACUGUACAUUUAAUCACUGUGGCGCCCUGAAGCCAGUCAUCCUGUGACGAUGAAGAAGGUGGCUGCUGUAGCUCUGAUGGUCUUUAGCUGGCAGAAAUACCUGCCUCAGGCUGGAGCAGCUUGGGUCCAGCCUCUUCUCUUGUGAAAGAUUACUGCAGUAAAUUCAUGGUAUUUUUACACUUGUGCUGUUGUUUCCUGUGGUUGUGAUGUGCCGCUGCUGUGCUUUUACUACAUAGAUCCAUAGAGAAACCCUGGCAAGUUACUAAGGAACUGGAGUUUCCUAAGGGUGCAGUGUACGAAAACGCAGUAAAGAGGAAAUAAAACCACUGUAAAAAGUGCAAGUGCAGUCUUACCAUGGUAAUGUGUAAUAAGGCUAUAAGCACUGCAGUCCUCUCCCUGACACUCUUUUGGGCUUUAAUGUUGGGUGGUAUAUUGGAUAUUCAUUGUGGUUUUAAGCUGAUGCACAACAAAUUGAUCUUCCAAGUGCAGGAUGGUGGUGAUUUUAAAGUUUUUUUCCUCAUUUUAAUAUCUUUUUUACCUUAAUGUGCUUUUCACCAUGUUGCCCUUUGUUAGAUAUUGCCUGCCUUUCUACUGCCUGUUUUCCAUGUCAACCUAUUCCUUUAAAGACUAUAGACAAGCUUGUAUGUUUAUUUUUAAAUAGUAAAAAAAAAGAAUAUAUAUUCAGAGAAAAGUAAAUAAUAUUUAGUGAUCGAAACUUAUAACCAUUAAUGAUAAAAUGGGGAGGUGGGGGGGAGUUUACAUUGCACUUGUAGGAGUUCUUGGGAGAAUUUCAAAUUGUUAAAUUGUUAGAAAAAUGAUUCUGCUAAAAAAACAUUUCAGACUGGAAAUAUACUUGUUGCUUCUGGCAUUAGUGUUUAAUGAGCUGCAACACUCGGACUGCCUUUUCUCCUCAUUCUUACCUGCUGUGCUGUUAGGUUUCCUGAGGCAGAGUCUGCAGGUAUUCACUUGAGAAGCUACAGGCUGUAUCUGCUCUGCUUUGCACCAGUGCCAGACAGCAGAGGAUUCUGCCAUCAGUGUGUCCCAGAGUACUGGCAUCCCAUUGACAGCCACUAAGGCCUAAUUACUGUUUCAGAUGGACUGCACUAUGGCGUUUUAAAAAAAAUACAAUGCAAGAAAACUACUACAGCUUAACCUUCCCUCAUGCCUUGAAGUGCACUAAAAAGAAGUUCAGUAGCUUGUGGAAACCUGAGAUGGACUGGCGUCCCAUCCAGGCUGUAUCCUGCCUUGUACCCACUGCUUGCCAGUAUGGGCUCCGGCUCCCCUGCGCCCUUGUCUUGGAUAAAGCGGAUAGUAAGUGGAUGGAUGGAUAGUGCAAACUCUAAUCUGGGCGGAGAAGAGUGUCCAUAAAAAGAUGGUGCUGUCAGAAACCCCAGCCCCUGCUACUACCAUCUCCUUCAAUGAAGGCUGAGCCAGUGGAGGGAGCAAUGUGGAAACCAAACACACAAGUGAGCAAAGAAGUGGGAGAUAUAGAUGCAGGUGGGUAGGAAUGGGCGAGAUUAGCGUUGACCUACUACUGAACUUCCAAUUAAAACUCCAGAAAAUCCUUUGUGGGGAUCCUGACCAAAUGCGAUCUUAGCUAGAACCAUUCCGGUGUUCCAUUCUUAAUUUCUACGUUAAGAGCAAAAACUGUUUUGCUAGCCUUGUCAGCUUUUGGAGAAGUAGCUUUUUUUAAAUAUUCUGAACGUAUAAUGAAUAGUUUUUUUUAACAUUUUUACAUUCUGUGACAAACAGGAUUGUAGUGCUUUUGAAUUCCCAACAGAGGAGUGCACUGUGUUACUGCAAGAUGGACCUGAUAGAAUAUCGCUCUUUUCUUUCAAAGCAGCUAUCACUGUGAUCGGUGAUACCGUGCAGCUGGGUCACUGUUUUUGCUGAACGUCUUUUAGCUAAACGUUAUUCGUACAAAUCCUAGAGCAUGAAUCCUAGAUACAAAUCCUUUUCUUCUUGAAAAAGUAGAAUUAAAGUUAAAACUUUCAACAUUAAAAAAAACUGAUUAAAACCAGAACAUUUAGGCUUGAACAAAGCAAUUCACUGGGAGAAUUUACAUCGUCUUGUUUUGUGAUUUAUUCUCUAUUUUUGUAUUCCUCCUCCUUCUCUACAAAUGUAUUAGUAUCAAGAUCCACUUUGGUAAAUCUCUUCCUGUUUCUGCAUGGUUUAGUUCACAUUCUCACAUGCUCAUGGUAAAUGAAGUUAAAAUCCCAUUCUACCACUGUUAUAUUGAAAAUAAAUCAGAUCUAAAUAAUAAUCAUAACUAUGUAAACAUUUUUACUGUACACAAGUUUUCAAGUACAGAAAAGGUCAGUGAAGAAAUAAUAAGAAACAUAAAAUGAGAAUUGAAGUGCCAAUCUGUUUUGGUUUAAUCCACUGCUAAUUGAGAAAUGCAACAAAACGUUUCAUAUAUUAUAUUCCAUGUUUAUGUAAUGCUGUACGAUAAAUCUGCUGAAUUAGAAGAAUAUUCUGCACAAGAAACAGAUUGCCCUUCUCUGUUCUCACUUUUCUUGCAUUUAAAUGAGAUGCACCACAUUUAAUAGCAGAUAAAUGCAGUUGGCAGCAAAAAGCCCCAACUUGCUUUGUCAAAUUGCCCGAGUGAUUCAGAAUAAAGUGAACAGUUUUGUGUUUACACAAUGCAUUGGAACAGUUCAAGCCCUGAUGAGAUGGCAGCUUUAACAUGACACUUCCUUGGUAGAAGAUGGCUUUGGUUUUACUUUCAGCUCCAGGGACAAGGAGGUCAGCCUCUGAAGAACAGGUUUUUGUGUUGCUAAGGCUAACAUCCGUUUGAAGAGCAUGUCACUGGUAUUUAGAGAAGGAAGAAUAUUGCAGAAAUUCACUUUCCUUGACCGUUUCCAGUUAAAGGUGCGAGUGAUGGCGUCGUUCCAAGGAAGAUGUGUUGCUACAACAGUGUGGGGAACAGAAGCAGCUGUGGGCAGGCAAGAGAACGCCCUCCUGCGCAGCCCCAAGUGAGAACGGCGCCCCCAGCAGUGCUCCUGGAUAUAGCGCGACCUGCAGCCGGGCGCCCAGCGGAAGCACACCUUGGCAGGGGACGUCUGGACCUGUGGUGGACUGUAGAGCUUGUGCACAUUUUGCACUUGUCAGUAGGUGAAGAAAGGAGGAAUAAAUUACCCACAGAUUCACUUACACGGCUGUGGCAGCCCUUUCUGUCAAGUAGCGUUUGUUAGAAACCCGCUCCUUUUCUUUUCCACUUACCCAUCUCUUCCUGAAAGAUAAAAAAGAAGAGUGCAAGGGGGGGCCACACUUGUAAACAGACGGUUCAGUUGGGCACAAUUUAGCUUUCAUCAAUAUGUACUGUACUUUUAAUUUGUGACUUAGAGAGCAUGCUGCAACCAUAUCAAAUAGUUUUCUAUUAAGGAAAAUCAUUUUUAAUUGCUGUAAUAAUCUGACACUUCUACGUUAAUGUGUACAUCUUGAAUCUUAAUAAAAAAGCUAUGAUUACA